AUGUCAGUUUUAUAGAUGACUUUCAAGUCAUCGGCAUAGAGGUAGGUCUUACCUGUGCUAAAGCGCUACGGACUGGACGCUACUUUCAGGCAGAGGCCUUCGGUUUUCUUUUUCCAGGAUUCUCACAGAGCUGGAUGGAUUAUUUCUUCUCUUUUCUUGGAAUUACGGAAGAUAACUCAAUCCUGAACUAUUAACAUAUAAACUGUGAAUUUCAUGCUAUAUGAUAAGAUCGGAGUUUAACUUAUUCAUGGUAUUUAUGAUCAUAUUCAUACAAUAAUUCAUAAUCAUAUAAUUACAUAUAUCCAUUUUGGCUGUACGAUCAAACGAUGCUCUGUCAUUUUUAAAACCAUACAUAAUCAUUCGACGAAGAAUUGCAAUUCAUAUCUGUAUUCUAUUCCUAAAGGAAUAGAAGGUUAUAUCGUGUUUGGAUGCUAUAACCCACGUACUUUAUGUAUUUACAGGAUCUAUUCAAACCUCUACAUAAUCUCAAGAAAUAUAUAUAGUCGUAUAUGUUAAAGCACUGUACUCACUAUUUCAUGAACUAUCAUUUAAAUCAUAUUUGGAUACUAUGACUCAUUUAAUUUCCGAAAUUUCCUGUCCAAUUCGGUGAGUCUGUCAUAGUUUUUUUGACAGUAUUUUUUAUCCAAAAAGCUGUUUCAUAUAUUUGUUCAUAAAGCAACUUAAUAAUCUUGAACGGUAAUAAUCUUUUAAACUACUUAUCUCUGCACUUCUCAAUUUUUACUAAUGCGGACUUUUAGUUUAUAUAUGUAUCACAUACUGUACUCACUUUGUUUGAUACUAAUUAUCGACAUUUCUAAAUUACUUUAUUAUAUAAGGCUGUCUUUCGUGUAAUAUAUAUGUUAAGAUUUACACAACGUGCUCCUUUAUGUUCUAUUUUGCCUCCAAACAGAUACUGACAUAAAUACUACAUCUCCACUACUAUCUUCCUGCCAUUCUCAUCUCUUGUUUUUGACAUAUUCACUAAUCCUCAUGAUAUAUUCACUUUUGGUUAAAACAGGUUUUGAUUUCCAGACUAACUUAAGCCCUUGGAAUUGAUUUUUCACCCAUUUCUAUUUCCAACAUUUUGUUCAACCCAUCUGCUAUACGUCAAUUUCUUAUCAUGCCACAAAAGAAAAUGAAGACCCCUGCUUCUAGGCAUCCAGCCAAACGUAGGAAAACGACACAAUCUAACACUACUACUGACACGAUUUCCGAUAGUUUCAUCGAGACGAGCUACUCUGUUCAUCCGGAAGCAGACAAGCUUUUACCAGUUGUCUCCAUUCCAAACAUGUUGAAGAAUCUAUUGGUGAACAGUGAUGAUAAUUGCAACUGCAACCACAUGGAUGAUAUAAAAAAGUUGCAAGUAGACAUGAACAUUUUCAAUCCGCUUAAAUAUCUCAUCAACCCCCAACCUCAGAGACUCCAGAUCAAAUGAACGACAUAAAUAAUUUCCUAGAUCGUGUUGCAUCAGAGGUAUUUGAAAGAAUAAGACGACCUAGCAAUGCAAUUAUGUUUAAUAUACCGGACACAUAUGCCCUUAAAAAUAUCAAAUCUAGUCUGCUUAGAGCCAACAAUAUGAAACACGUACCAUGUGUAUGCACAAGAUUAAAAAGAAGUCAUCCUGGUAUGCACUCACCGAUCUUGUUCAAAUUCAACUCAUCUGUAGACGCCAGUGAGUUUUUAACUUCCUCCAAUUCAUUGAGACAAAAACAGGUUUUCAAGGAUAUUAAGAUUCUUCCAGAUAGAACACCAUGCCAGCGAAAAACAGGAAGAGAUAGCUACAGACCACCAGCGUCAAACUCCCAAACGCAUCAUAAUCCUAAUGGUCGUAAAAUUAAGUCCGAUUCUAAGAGGACGUCUAGCUUUACAAGUAUGCCCCUACCGAAAAACUCUUCUGAAUCUCCUAAAGUUCAAAACCCAGAAGAAAGUAAUCUCGAUGUAGGUGGUGUCCAUCCUCUUAAGAAUGUUGACUUAGAUUCAACCCAUAGUAGUUGUGCUGAUGACGAAUGGGAUAACACAGUCCAAACCACCGUUGGUGCAACACCCAGUUACAGCAACUGUGCAACGGAUAACAGGAAAACUAGUCAUAACAUUUAUAUAACUGACCGCACACUUAACCUCAAUAUAUUCGAACCUCGCAAACCAUCGCAGGUAUGUUUAACAACACACGAUUCUCCCCAAACUAUGAAGAAACCGAAAUUAACCACAAACCUUGGAAAUAAACAUCUGGAACAUGUUACCCAUACGUCAGGUAUAAAUAGUAAUCUGAAUUGUAAAUGGCCACUUGGUCGCACACAUAGACCUGAUAGCCUUCUUGGUCCAGCUCCCAAUAUGUACACUAUACUUUUAUCAGAUGUUACAUCCAAUAGCAAUGAGAAGACUUUUUGUGAUUCCGCCAGCAACGGUAAACAUAUUUCAAAUGAUGACAAAGUGGUUGAAUCUAUUUCCCCUCGCAACACAACUCUUACCUUAGCCAAUCCUACAAGUAUUCAUGGAACAACUAAUUGCGAUUUAUACUCUAACCUGCUUCACUAUGAUAACUCUGAGUUUCUUAUUCUUUCGUUCGAUGCCCGCUCUCUAUCCAAUAAAAUUAUUCAUCUUAAAACCCUUUUAUUCCUUGUAAAUCCAACCAUCGUACUCAUUACGGAAACGUGGUGCGAUUCAUCUAUAUCCGAUCACUCCUUAAAUGUAGAUAACUACGUUUUCUUUAGAACCGAUAGAUGUUAUGGAUUAGGAGGCGGUACAAUUAUCUAUGUCCAUUCAGACAUUCAGGCGUGCAAAUUUGAGGAUAAAUCUCUUGAUGCUAUAGACGACUCCACUUGGGUUACUGUAAACUGUGGACCUCAAAAUUAUCUACUGGUGGGAUAUAUAUACAGACCACCUCAUACGGAUACUAAGUUUGACAAAUUACUAACAAACAUCUUUUCCAUUGCUUCGCACCAACCACAUACUUUUAAAAUCAUCGGAGGUGAUUUUAAUCUGCCAAAAGUUACAUGGGAUUCGACUCCGGUACCAGGUCGAUAUAACAAGCUAGUUGAAACACUAGAAAUUUGUGGAUGGGUUCAACAGGUCCGAAAACCGACUAGCGAGAAUAAUAUACUUGAUUUACUGUUUACAAUCAACAUAGACUCUAUCUCAGUGCAUACCAGUCAUGAGUUUUUUUUGAGUGAUCAUAGAGUUGUAUUGAGUAUUAUUCAUUCUUUAAACACCAUACAAUUGAACUCUAAAGCUUCAGUGAUGUACCAGAGCAGACAUUUUGAUCAACAAACCUGGAAAUGAACUGGAACUCUCAUUCAGUGUUUACCAUGGGAAACUUAUUUUACCACAAAUAGUUGACAUUGCGCUUUCCAAUCUAUACCACAACCUGAUAUAUUGCCUUGAUUGCACUGCUCCAGUUAUUGACCGUGUGGCUUAUAAUGCUAAUAGGGGCCAGAAUACUUUUAAAAGAAAGCUGAGGGAGUUAAAACGCCGCUACUGCGAGAAAAAUGACGUGUAUGCACUUCAGAGUAUACUUAAAUUAAUCGACAGAAAUGCUUCAUCUAAACACAAGUAUUUUAUAAAUAUAGAAAAUAAAGCCCUACAUAGUAAAAGUCCAGAACUAUCAAUACUUCGUGUGAAGCCGAAUUCCCUUGGCACGACUAAAUUCUUGAUAGUUAACGGAAGCAUUGUUGACGACCCUAAUAUUAUUUGCGAACAAUUCAGCAAGCACUUCUCGCAAUACUACAAAACUGGAACUGAAAGCUCUAUCAUUACAUUUCCAAUGUUGACAUGCAGACACCUAUCGAAAAUUGAUUUUAUACCCUCCAACAUCAAGCAGGCCAUAGAUGCCCUGAAAAAGUCUUAUGAUGGUGGACCUGACGGGACCCCUUCAUCAUUUGUGAAAUAUGGGAGUAAAGAAUUCCCACUGUUUUGUUUGAAACUUUUCAACCUAUCUAUGGAAUAUGGGAUCUAUCUAUAUGUAUGGAAAACAUCUCUUAUCACCCCUAGAUUCAAAACAGGAUCACGUAGUGAUAUUGUUGACUAUAGGCUAAUUAAUUUAACAUCAGUGCUCUCAAGAACCAUGGAAAAAAUCAUCCACAAACAGCUAUUAUCAUUUUUACUUUCGGCUAGUCUGAUUAGCACAUCCCAACACGGGUGGUUUAUGACUAAACGCUCAUGUUUCACAUCGCAUCUGGAAUUUUUGGAUCAAAUUACCCAGAGAAGAGAUGUUGGUCAAUCAGUGAUGAUUUCUUACUUCGAUUUUGGUAAGGCUUUCGACAGUGUCUCACACAAACGUCUUCUAAAACUCUCUUCAUUUGGCAUACAGAAUCCCCUUUUAUCUUGGCUCAAAUCUUUUUUUAGAAGAACGUAGCCGAGUCGUUCGCUUUAGAUCUUGCUAUUCUAAACCUGUGAAUGCAACCAGUGGGGUUAUACAAGGAAGUGUGAUUGGUUCAUUAAUCUUUCUCCUUUUUAUCAAUGACGUGUGUUCCCUCUUUCAGUAUGGCAAGCCUUUCCUUUUUGCCGAUGACCUAGUCCAUUCGUAUAAAUUGUUUAUUUCUUCUUGGAUUACCGCUGAAGUAUAGCUUUCUUUGGU